AUGGCGGUCUACGCGGCAAACGCCGGUGUGCCGAUGCUCUUUGUGGAAAAGGCGAUCUCUUGUUCCGUGCAGAAGGCUGAUGAGGUCCUUGAAGCCUGCCGCAGACACGGCACACCGUUCAACACCGGUGUAUUGAGGCGGUUCAGCGAGCGGUACAAGCGGAUACGGGAGAUGAUUGCGCGAGGGGAUAUCGGUGAACCGCAAACAGCCGUGGUUUAUGGGGCUGCUAGCCUGAUGCACGUGCACAUCACUGGAUGGACACUGUUUCCUACCUGUUGGGGGAUCCAGAGAUCGCAGCGGUACGGGGGGAUCUGCUACCCAGAAAUAUAG